UGCGGGGCUAAGCCGGAGCCCGAGACCGAACCUGAGUCCGAGUCCGAGCCCGAGCUCGAACAGCUUGACGGCUACACCGCGCCUCCCCUAGAGCCCUGCGCCGCCACCGUCGCCGAGAGCCUGAGCCCAGAGCGCGCAGCAGGGGAAGCGGCAGCUCUCAGAGCCCUCUCCGCGGCCGCAGCGAUGGCCACAACCGUGACCUGCACCCGCUUUACUGACGAGUACCAGCUCUAUGAAGAUAUUGGCAAGGGGGCUUUCUCAGUUGUACGACGCUGUGUCAAACUUUGCACUGGACAUGAGUAUGCAGCUAAGAUCAUCAAUACCAAGAAGCUCUCUGCAAGAGAUCACCAGAAGCUGGAGAGAGAGGCCCGGAUCUGCCGUCUCCUGAAGCAUUCCAACAUUGUUCGUCUCCAUGACAGCAUCUCGGAGGAAGGCUUCCACUACCUCGUGUUUGAUCUGGUCACUGGUGGAGAGCUUUUUGAAGACAUUGUGGCAAGAGAGUACUACAGUGAAGCCGACGCCAGUCAUUGCAUCCAGCAGAUCCUGGAGGCUGUUCUCCAUUGCCACCAAAUGGGGGUCGUCCACAGAGACCUCAAGCCAGAGAAUCUCCUCUUGGCCAGUAAGUGCAAAGGAGCUGCAGUGAAACUGGCAGAUUUUGGCCUGGCCAUCGAGGUGCAAGGGGACCAGCAGGCAUGGUUUGGUUUUGCGGGCACUCCUGGCUACCUGUCCCCAGAGGUUCUUCGUAAAGAAGCUUAUGGAAAGCCUGUGGAUAUCUGGGCCUGUGGUGUGAUACUCUACAUUCUGCUUGUGGGAUAUCCUCCAUUCUGGGAUGAAGAUCAGCACAAACUUUAUCAGCAGAUCAAGGCUGGAGCUUAUGAUUUCCCAUCCCCUGAGUGGGAUACUGUCACUCCUGAAGCCAAAAACCUCAUCAACCAGAUGUUAACCAUCAAUCCUGCAAAAAGGAUCACGGCUCACGAGGCCCUGAAACACCCAUGGGUCUGCCAACGCUCAACCGUGGCCUCAAUGAUGCACAGACAGGAGACUGUGGAGUGUCUCAAGAAAUUCAAUGCUAGGAGAAAGCUUAAGGGGGCGAUCCUUACCACCAUGCUGGCAACACGAAACUUCUCAGUGGGCAGACAGACCACCGCUCCGGCCACAAUGUCAGCUGCGGCCUCCGGUGCCACCAUGGGGUUGGUGGAACAAGCUAAGAGCUUACUGAAUAAGAAGGCGGAUGGAGUCAAGCCCCAGACGAACAGCACCAAAAACAGCGCGGGUGUCACGAGCCCCAAGGGGACGCUCCCUCCUGCUGCCCUGGAGCCUCAAACCACCGUUAUCCAUAACCCAGUGGACGGGAUUAAGGAAUCAUCAGACAGCACCAACACCACCAUAGAGGAUGAAGACACCAAAGUCCCCAGGAUCUCUGAUAUUCUAAGCUCGGUGAGGAGGGGUUCAGGGCCUCCGGAAGCUGAGGGGCCUCAGCCAGCCAUGCCCCAGCCAUGUCCGUCUCCAUCUCUCCUAAGCUCCCUGCCUGUCCUGUCCCCCAGGAUCUCUGAAAUUCUAAGCCCAGUGAGGAGGGGUUCAGGGCCCCUGGAAGCCGAGGGGCCACAAGCAGCCGUCCCCCAGCCUUGUCCGUCUCCGACUUUCAUGAGCCCCCUGCCAUUCCCAUCCCCCAGGAUCUCUGAUAUUCUAAGUCCAGUGAGGAGGGGUUCAGGGCCACCGGACGCUGAGGGGCCCCAGCCAGCUGUGCCCCAGUCCUGUCCAUCUCCAUCUCUCCUAAGCCCCCUGCCCACCUCGUCUCGCAAGCAAGAAAUCAUCAAAAUCACAGAGCAGCUGAUAGAGGCCGUCAAUAACGGGGACUUCGAGGCCUAUGCGAAAAUUUGUGACCCAGGCCUGACCUCAUUUGAACCUGAAGCUCUUGGCAACCUUGUAGAAGGGAUGGACUUCCAUAGAUUCUACUUUGAGAAUUUGCUAGCCAAGAACAGCAAACCCAUCCACACCACCAUCCUGAACCCCCACGUACACGUUAUCGGUGAGGAUGCCGCAUGCAUCGCCUACAUCCGUCUCACGCAGUACAUUGACGGGCAGGGCCGACCCCGCACCAGCCAGUCAGAGGAGACCCGUGUCUGGCACCGCCGUGAUGGCAAGUGGCAGAAUGUCCACUUCCACUGUUCAGGUGCACCUGUGGCCCCGCUGCAGUGAAGAACCAGUACAUCCUUUUGUGGUUUCAUCCUGACGGAGACGGUGAUUGGAGCGGAGCCGCCACUCGCCGGGUGGUAGCGCCCACCACGUCAGCAUGCUCGUGUCUGCCUCGUCCCUCCCUCCCCCGGUGCCUGUGUCUGCAGAAAACAAGACCAGAUGUGAUUUCUUUUUAAAAAACAAAAAAACACACAAACAACCGGCAACUACAACAGCAACAAAAAGCAACCAACAAAAUGAGGAAAAAAAUACCACAAUACAAAAAACAAAACCAGGAUAAAAAAAAAAGCUGUAAAAAUCACUGGCGUUUGUGGGGCUUCAAAACCAACCAGCUGCUCCUCCCGUCCACAGCUCCAUGUGUUUGUCUGUCCGUCUGUUCCUCGGCUGUCUUGGGUGACCAGGUGUUGCAAUGAAAAUGUCCACAAGGCUCCACCCCCUCUGUUGACCCCCGUGUUGAACGGUGUUAGUUUGUUAGAUGAAAAAAAAAAAAAACAAACAAAACCCACAAAAAAAAACAAAAAAAAAACAAAAAAAAAAAACUAAGGUAUUUUGCAUUCUCUCUGCCAACGCAUGGGCCUUUGCCAGUGGUGUACUUGCACGUGGCCGUCGUGAGCUGUUACCGUUUGUCUUUUCAGGGACGUGGGGCUGCUGGCUCCAGGUUUUCCUUUGCCUUUUUCCUCUAGUUGUGCCUGUGGGUUGCUAUCACUCCUUCCUUCCUUCCACCCAACAUUCUUUCUUUGGUUGAGGAGGGAAGAGGCGUCCCUGGGCUCUGUCCCUUCUGUGCCAGUCAGACUGCUGGUCAGCAGCAUGUCCAGUGUUGUUGGAAAGUGACUCUGGGCUCCCAGACUCCAGAUGGGCUGAGAUCCCGGCACUCACACUAUGGGACAUCCUCUGCUCUUGUCAUCCCCCUCAACUAAAGAGCCUGUGUCAAGAACCUCCUUGUGCCAUGCUGGCCUCGUCUCUUACUCUGAAGCCUUGAAGGCUGGUGAUGGCAUGAAGGGCGAGCAGCUCUGGGUGAGGAUUGUGAAGAGUGCUGAGGGGCAUGGCUGGGAGAGGGGAGAGAGAUGGGGAACAGGGACAUGCAGCGGUAAGAGAACCCUGGUCCUUUGGGACCCAGAUUUUACAGGCGUCUGCAAGCCCAGGAGUGGGGGGAGCCUGGGCCAUCCAGCUCCCAAGUGCCCAAGAGAGUAUGCUAAGCCUCACAGAAAGGGGAACCCUAACUUCUGGAGACAAAGCAUCAUCUCCUACCAACUCUCAUUCCCUUAGCCCUAACAGCUUCACAUAUGGGAAGCACAGCCAGAGUAAUUAGCAGACCCUGGGCUGUGCCCCCAGGGCCUUUGUAACCUCUUCAGUUUGACCAGGAUCUUGACCUCCCCCCCACCAACUGACAGAGACAACUCAGGAGCCAAGACUCCCAAAUAACCAGCUAUAGAAAAUGAGGGCUUUGGGUCCUCAGGAAAUGAUCUUUCUUCUUGCCUUGGUGGAUACUGAAAGCAGCUCCUGCUUCUUCCCUCUGUCUGGUUGGUCUCUGCACAGUAGACAGUGAAUGUAUUGACAGCUUUGUGGCGGCUCCUCUGAAUUUUGACCCAGAGAAAUCUGUUUCCUAGGGCCUAGUAUCUCCUUUGGCCCUCUCUGGCCCUCUAUAGGGGCAUCCCAAUCUCUCCUUUUAUCAGGAUAAGAAUUGACAGCUCAGAAAGGUUACAUACAGACUCAAGCCUUUCUUCCUCCUGGUUCUCCAGCCCCUGAAAUAGGGAUAAAGAGGUGGUUAUUCCCCUUUAUAUUAUCCCUUUCCCAACCUAGGUGAGUCAGAUAGGUCUUGUGGAGGGCUCCCUAGGGCUAUUGUGUCCUCUCCUAUGGAGAGGCUUCUGGCAUGGCGGGAUGGAGAAAUCUGUUGAGAGGCAAGGCUAGUCUCCAUGACUCCCCCUUCAUUGAAGGUGAGAGAGAAGGAGGGAAUCCUAUAACUUGGAAGUGGGGUUAGUCCCACUGGCAACCAGAGUAAAUCUAAGACCAAGCAAUUAUUUCCUCAAACUCCUUCCAGUAGAGCAGUAAGGAUUUUGAGCUCUGCAAGAACCUGGCCAGGUUGUUGGGGAGUUCCCUAGAAAAAAAGGACAAGUCAGGAAAGAACAGUGCAUUCUUCUGUUUUCCUGGGACUGAAAAAAACACUAGGCCAUAUUAAGCCCUGUCCUUGAUUUCCCUGGCUUGUGGUUGUGGUUUACAAAGUGUCCAUCUUUGGAUGGAAAGUCAGGGCUUAUAGACUAGCUGGCCAUAGGGUGGCCCCGGCAACCUCAGGGAAUCCCAGGAAUAGGGUGAAUAGUGUCUAGUUGGGAUUUCUUGGUAGCUGGAGCUCAAGGAUGAUUGUAAAGAAAAUGCUCCCUCCAGAGACACAAUCAUCUGCAUCCAGUCCCUGAGAAGGCCUCACUUGCCCAGUGGGGACAGUAGACUACAGUGAGCCAUGGUUCUUAAGUAGGAAGAAAAGGAGUCAAGUUGGUCACAUGGUGGGUGCUCAACAAAUUCUUAAGGAUGGCAGCUGCUGCUGCAUUAAUCAGUAUCAACAGCCAUCUGAUUCAUUUAUUGAUGACUUCCUGUGUUCAAGGCCAAUGUUGAUGGAUUGGGAAAGGACAACAGCUAGAUGAACUGAGUCAGAAAGCAUUAAAAAAAAAAAA